CUUCCUGCGUGGCCUCCUCUCACACAGCCUGCUGGCCUUGCUCUUGGUUCAGAAGCUAGUCCAAACAGGCCUCUCCCACAUUCCCUGGCUGCUCUCCAGCCUGCAGGAGCCGAGACAACCUUAACUUCAGGGACUGCGAGGGCCGAGCAGAGGCUGCUAAAUGGAGCCACCACCGAGUGAAGGGGGACCCUCUGGCUUCCAGAUGUUAAGCCUUCUGGGGAAUACAACCCUUGUGAGCUGCAUCACAGGCAUUGUGCUGGCUAUCCUGAUGUUGCUGCUGCUGCUGGCCGCCUGUCUUUUCCACAGAUCAGAGGAGCAUGACGUGGAGAGAAACGGAGUCCUGCAAAUCAGGCCUCGACUCUUCCAUCGCCGGCGCCGGGGUUUCCUGGGAGGCUUUCACCAUCACCACCAUCAUCGUGGCCACAUGACUGGGGUAACCAGUGCAGGUUUUCAUCACCACCACCACCACCACCACCACCACCACCACCACCAUUCUCCUCACCACCAUCACCACCACCACCACCACCAUGCUCACCGAGCCCGCCACUGAGGCCAAUGGAUGGUAUCUACCUGGCCCUGCCCUCCAUCCAGCACCAAAUGAGUGGACCCUGAUGUGCCCAUAGAAAAGGACUUGUCUCUGGGGUGGAUGGGGGUUUUGGGACCUGAGUCCUGCUUCAGUUUCAUUUGUCUAUAAGCCCUUCUCCCACUGUGCAACCGAGACGCGAGAACCACGUGGGUAGCCCUAUACACUGCAGGGCUUGGGCUUGGAGCAGGGCUGGCUGGACGCCCUACCUUGUGACUGCAAUUCCUGGUGACCACGGAAGUUACAAGAGUGUCCGAUGGACCCAGUGCCCGGGUGGAUACGAAGUGCUCAUCUGACUGGGAGGCCCCGUGAUGCCCUUCCAGGUGCAGAAUGUGUAUGGGGCAGCCCGGACCAAUCAUUGUUGCUUGGUUAUAAGAAAUAAA